AAAUUUCCAUUAAUCGCCUUGAGUAAGUUAUCCGUAGACGUUGUCUCGUCGCGCAUUUAUUACAUUUUUUUUGUUUUCCAUCCGUGUCGUAUUAAUGUAAAUUAUUAUUUAUAAUUUGCAUAACAAUUUUUCCUCAUAAUUAUUGCAUUUUCAUUUUGAAAAUCAAUCAAUUAUUUCAAAUAAAACGAAAAAACAUAAAAUUCUUUUGAUAACAAAAAACAUCAAGUGCCACUCCUAUAAAAUAAAAAAAAAGUAAAAAAAAAACAACAAGCGAAAUUUUUCUCUGUCUCCUUGUGUAUUUUUCUUCUCCGUUCUUUAUCUUUGUGAUAUAAAUUUUGCAAAAAAAAAAAAUACAAAAAACCCAGUUUAUGUGUCAAAGUAAAAAGUGAAAGUGGAAAUUUUCGAUUUUAAGAAAAAAAAAAAUAAAUUUUAUUUAAUUUACAAAAAAAUUUCAAAAAAAACAAGAAAUUUCCAAAAAAAAUUUCCCAUGAAAUAAAUCACGAGUGACGGUAAAAAAAGAUCCUCCCCCAAACAAGAGCAAAAGAGAUCACAACACAUACAUUAAAAUUUUGACAUUUCUCAAACGAACACACAAACGAACACACAAACGCACAAAGUUGAAAGAGAGAAAAUACAAUUUUUGCGAUGAUUCACUCGUUUAAUUAAAAUUUAUUCUUCUCUCAAAAUAACAACAAAAAAUUCCUUUAAAGUGACUCGCGCACUUUUUCCGUCUGUCCACACACAAACUACUAAACAAAAUGCAUUCCAUUAAACGUUGGCUCAAACCCAACAAAGAGCAAAUAUCACAAAUUGGAGCUCCAACUGAUUUCCAACGUCACGUUCAUGUGUCGCUUAACAAACUUACCGGCGAUUUGGAAGGCUUACCAACGCCAUGGCUUCGCUUAAUGAACGACCAAAUCACACAGGACGAACAAAAGAAAGAUCCUGAAGCUGCCUAUCAAGCUGUCAAAUUCUACAAUUACUCGAUAAAGAAAAAAGAACAACCCGAUGUUUUUAAGCCUUUCAUAACCGAACAAGCUAUUCACGAAGAAUCUAAAGAAAUCGAGAAUUAUGUCAAUUUUAAAAAUGCCCACAAAUCACAAGAUAGUUUAGGUGAUUCGCUAGAAUCCUUUGAAACGAGCAGUGAAGAAAGUGGCAGUAGCAAUACAAGCAGCAAUGCUUCAAUGCUCAAUGAACAGCUUAAGACGAGGUCACCCGUCAAAUCGCCAGUCAAAUGUUUGCCAAUAUCUCCGCCGUCCUCUCCACCUCCGUUGCCAGCUAAAAAGAGCAUGACUUUGCCUUCGCUGAAGCCAGAGAUAAAGCCAAAGCCCAGAAUCACACAUAGCAAUAAAAAACUCCAAAAAGGAGUUGAAGAUUUGCGAAUGAUCUCAUCCGGAUUGGCCAAUUCACAUAUUAACACUGAUACGAUUAUUAUCAAGGCUGCCGAAGCCAAUGCCAAUUUGGAUGAUGCGCCUGUAGAUGAGAGUAUUUUACGUCGAUCAAAAGAAAAACGCGAACAGAAGAAUGACGCUGAGAUCUACGCUGAACUUAGAUUGAUUUGUAAUUUAAACAAUCCACGGGAUCGAUACAAGACGACCUUGGAAGUGGGCAAGGGUGCUUCCGGGGUGGUUUUUAUUGCUGCCGAUAAUAUGUCUGACCAACAAGUGGCUGUGAAGACAAUCGACAUGAAGAAUCAGUCCUCGAAGGAAUUGAUUCUUACAGAAAUUCGUGUCUUGAAAGACUUUAAUCAUCGGAAUUUAGUUAACUUUUUAGAUGCCUACCUGCUUGAGCCAGAAGACCAGUUGUGGGUGAUAAUGGAGUAUAUGGAUGGUGGACCAUUGACUGAUGUUGUCACUGAGACUGUGAUGAAGGAGCGACAGAUUGCGUGUGUUUGUCGGGAGGUCUUACAUGCCAUUAGUUUCCUUCAUUCCAAAGGAAUCAUUCAUCGGGAUAUUAAGUCAGACAACGUGCUCUUGGGAAUGGAUGGAGCAGUCAAAGUGACUGAUUUUGGUUUCUGUGCUAAUAUCGAGGGUGAUGAGAAAAGGCAGACUAUGGUUGGGACACCCUAUUGGAUGGCUCCGGAGGUGGUGACACGCAAAAAGUAUGGAAAGAAGGUUGACAUUUGGUCGAUUGGCAUAAUGGCCAUCGAGAUGAUUGAAGGUCAGCCACCAUAUUUGUAUGAGACACCUCUGCGAGCUUUAUAUUUGAUUGCUGCCAAUGGUCGGCCAGAUGUUAAGAGUUGGGAUAAAUUGACACCGAAUUUGCAAGAUUUCCUUGAUCGAUGUUUGCAGGUGGAAGUUGAUAAGAGAGCGACAGCUGAUGAGUUAUUGAGUCAUCCAUUUUUAGAUGAUUGUUGUGAGUCGAGGGCUUUGGUGCCAAAUAUUAAAGCGGCUAAAAAGGUUUUGAGACGGGUGUGUUAAGUUAUGAUAGAGAGAUAGAGAGAGAUAAAAAAUAAGUGCAUUUUCGUUUUUAAGUUGUAGUUGAUUCAAAACAAAAUCAAAAAAAGAAAAGAAAAAUAUAAAAAAAAAAAACAAAUUUUGUAUACAGGGUGCUGCUGAGUGGCGAAAUAUCAAUUUAAAAAUACAUAAAAUGGAUUUAUGUAAUAGAAGGAAAAAACAAAAACGCAUAACGGAUUUUAAUGAUUGUUAUACUUCUUUUUUCACUUUCAAUUUCCUUUUAAAUGAAGGAACUGUGAAGCAAAAGGAUCGAUGAUUCCUAUGACGAAUAAUAUUAAAUUUAAUAAGUUACCGAAGUCUUUUAACACAAAACAAAAAACAACAACAACGAUUUUCUACAUUUUAUACUUGGAUUUUAUAAAAACAAACAAACAAAAAAAUGUAACGCAGAGAACAAUCACAUCAAGUCGCACAAUGGAUUUUUUCUAAAACUAAAAACAAAAACAACAACAAAUAAAAAAACUAAUCACAUGGUAGAAGAUAUUUUUGUAUAAAACAAAUAUUUAUACAUAAACAAUAAACUCAUAAAGGAGGUUAAUACAAUUAAUUUUAAAAGUGCCAUUAGGUUAAUUUUUUUCUUGUCUAGUAAAAUAUUUCUUUUUUUUCUUCCCCUACAUUUUCUAUUUUUAGUUAUAACUAAAAAUUCAAAAAAAAAAAAAUGAGAAGAAAAAAAAAAACAGGAUACGGAAGCUGUUAAUUUAUUGUAUUGUCUUAUAUUGUUAUGUCUUCCAGAAUGAAAAAAAAACAUAAAAGACACAAAAAAAAAAAAAAGAAAACAAACACAAAUUAAUAAAACAAAUUAUAGUAACAUUCUAUUUGAGGUCUAAAACGGUGACGAACGUAGCCAUCUUUAAAACUUUUAAAAUCACAUCCGCAUACCAACUGUAAGAAUUCUUUUGUUUUCAUAUUGACACACAAAUAAUAAUUAUUUCAAAUUGAUAUCUAAUCAUUGUCAGUAUAAAUUUGGUGCAGAAAUUUUUUUCUUUUUUUUUUUUCUUCCAUUUUCGAAAAAUUCAAAAAAAUUAACAAUUUUCAGCCCCUUCAAUCAUUCAUUCAGUCAAGCAUUUUUCGAAUGCAUUUAAUGCAUUUUUCAGUUAUUUUUUUUUUUUUUGAUUUUCUUCGAGUAAAUUGGAGAGAAUGAGAAAAGUCUGUGUGUCUAUGGAAAACACCCUCUUUGCAGAUGAAUUGAUUGAAAUAUAGGAGGAUAACAUUUAGGGGGAUUAUUUAUAUAAAUCCCAAGAUUAAUGUCGUCUCUGGUUUUUAAUUGAUUAUUCCCUUUAUUCCGAUUUGGAUGUUGGAAUUCUGGGAAAAUUAUUAGAAAAAUAAAAGGAAAAGAUAUAUAAGGUUGACACAAUUUGACAAGCAUGAACUUUAAAGGUUGUACGCAUACGUACAUUAUGGGACAUUGUAUAGAAAUGUGUUUUUUUUUUUUUU